CACUUUCACCGGAAAGGCGGAGCAGGGGUUAUUGUUGCUUGCGAGCUGCUGUAAUGGCGGCGUCUCGUCGCUCAGUAGCGCAGCAGCAACAAAACAGUGUACAGUCCCAGCCGAGGAACAGCUCACUUUCGGGGGCGACCUCGACGGCUGCGCCGAUGGCAGUGAUCAACUCACCGCAUGAGACUGAGCGGGAAUGCAGCGGAGGGAUCGAAGGCGCUCUGGCCUCUCCGGACCUGCCUGCUGCGGUCCUGGCGAGCAGCGCGAGCUCAAGCACGACCACCUCUGGAGGCAGCUGCGUCGCCAGCCCUGGCUCCGGUGCACCAAGCCCCACUGACGGUAUCGGCGGAGCUUUCCGGGAGUUGUUCGAAGCCUGCCGCAACGGAGAUGUGUCUAGAGUGAAACGGCUCGUCGACUCAGUGAACGUGAACGCUAAAGACAUGGCUGGCCGAAAAUCGACUCCUUUGCAUUUCGCUGCGGGUUUUGGUAGGAAAGACGUGGUGGAGCAUCUCCUUCAGACAGGAGCUAAUGUCCAUGCCAGAGAUGAUGGAGGACUCAUCCCCCUGCACAAUGCCUGCUCAUUUGGCCAUGCCGAGGUUGUGGGCCUCCUUCUUUGCCAGGGUGCAGACCCCAACGCCAGAGAUAACUGGAAUUACACUCCUCUUCAUGAGGCAGCCAUUAAAGGAAAGAUUGAUGUCUGCAUAGUGUUACUCCAGCAUGGGGCUGAUCCAAAUAUCCGCAACACUGAUGGAAAAUCAGCGCUAGAUCUGGCUGACCCUUCUGCCAAAGCAGUGCUCACUGGUGAAUACAAGAAGGAUGAACUCCUGGAAGCAGCAAGGAGUGGAAAUGAAGAGAAAUUGAUGGCUCUCUUGACUCCGUUGAAUGUUAACUGUCAUGCCAGUGAUGGUCGCAAGUCAACAUCUCAAAAAAUGCUGUCAACGCCCCUCCACUUGGCUGCUGGCUACAACAGAGUCCGCAUUGUUCAGCUCCUCCUUCAGCAUGGGGCUGAUGUUCACGCUAAGGACAAGGGCGGCCUGGUUCCUCUUCACAAUGCUUGUUCCUAUGGUCAUUUUGAGGUUACCGAGCUUCUUCUUAAACACGGCGCUUGUGUCAACGCAAUGGACUUGUGGCAGUUCACUCCUCUACACGAAGCAGCUUCCAAGAACCGUGUGGAAGUUUGCUCCUUGUUGCUGAGCCACGGGGCCGACCCGACCCUACUCAACUGUCACAGCAAGAGUGCUGUGGACAUGGCCCCCACUCCAGAGUUGAAAGAGAGGUUAACCUAUGAGUUCAAGGGUCAUUCGCUGCUCCAGGCAGCUCGAGAGGCAGACGUGACCAAAGUGAAGAAGACCCUGGCUUUGGAAAUCAUCAGCUUCAAACAUCCUCAAACCAAUGAGACAGCUCUGCAUUGUGCAGUGGCUUCCCCGCACCCAAAAAGGAAGCAGGUGACUGAGUUGCUGCUGCGUAAAGGUGCCAACAUCAAUGAAAAGAACAAAGACUUUAUGACUCCUUUGCAUGUUGCUGCUGAGAGGGCUCACAAUGAUAUUCUGGAGGUGCUGCAGAAACAUGGAGCAAAGGUGAAUGCUGUGGACACUCUAGGACAGACAGCUUUGCACCGGGCUGCUCUGGCUGGUCACAUCCAAACUUGUAAACUGCUGCUAAGCUAUGGGGCCGACCCGUCCAUCGUGUCACUGCAGGGUUUUACGGCUGCCCAGAUGGGAAAUGAAGCUGUACAACAGAUUCUCAAUGAAAAUGUUCCUACACGAAACUCUGAUGUGGACUACAGAUUUCUUGAGGCAGCCAAAGCAGGAGAUCUAGACACUGUGCAGCAACUGUGCACGCCUCAAAAUGUAAACUGUCGGGAUCUGGAGGGCCGUCACUCCACUCCCCUUCAUUUUGCUGCUGGUUACAACCGAGUGGCUGUCGUGGAAUACCUGCUUCACCAUGGAGCUGAUGUCCAUGCUAAGGACAAGGGCGGCCUGGUUCCUCUUCACAACGCUUGCUCGUAUGGCCACUAUGAAGUCGCCGAGCUGCUGGUUAGACACGGAGCUUCAGUCAAUGUUGCCGACCUAUGGAAGUUCACCCCGCUUCACGAGGCAGCGGCCAAGGGGAAAUAUGAGAUUUGCAAACUGCUGCUCAAACAUGGCGCAGACCCCUCCAAGAAGAACCGUGAUGGCAACAUGCCACUCGACAUGGUGAAGGAUGGAGACACUGACAUCCAGGACCUUCUGAGGGGUGAUGCUGCCCUGCUAGAUGCUGCCAAAAAAGGUUGCCUGGCUCGUGUCCAGAAACUUUGUUCCCCAGAGAACAUCAACUGUCGAGACACUCAGGGUCGCAACUCCACACCACUCCACCUGGCAGCUGGCUACAACAACCUUGAAGUGGCUGAGUAUCUGUUGGAACAUGGGGCAGACGUCAAUGCUCAAGACAAAGGAGGCCUUAUCCCUCUCCAUAAUGCUGCUUCCUAUGGCCAUGUUGACAUCGCUGCCCUGCUCAUCAAGUACAAUACAUGUGUGAAUGCCACUGACAAAUGGGCUUUCACACCCCUGCACGAGGCAGCACAGAAGGGUCGCACACAGCUCUGUGCUCUGCUGCUGGCUCAUGGGGCUGAUCCAUCCAUGAAGAACCAAGAAGGCCAGACGGCCCUUGACCUGGCCACGGCUGACGACAUUCGGGCCCUUCUUAUGGACGCUAUGCCACCAGACGCUCUCCCAGUCUGCUUUAAGCCGCAGGCCACAGUGGUCAGCGCCACCGUCAUCUCCCCAGCCUCCACACCAUCCUGCUUAUCGGCCGCCAGCAGCAUAGACAACCUGGCCGGACCGCUUAAUGAACUGGCCAGCGGUGCCGCUGCCGGGAGCUCAGCAGUGGCAGAUGGAGCCGCAGGCCCAGACCGCAAAGAAGGAGAAUUGACAAUGCUGGACAUGAAUAUCAGUCAAUUCAUGAAGAGUUUGGGCCUGGAGCACCUGAGAGACAUAUUUGAAAGAGAGCAGAUCACUCUAGAUGUCCUUGUUGACAUGGGUCACGAGGAGCUGAAAGAAAUUGGAAUCAAUGCCUAUGGGCAUCGACACAAACUUAUCAAGGGUGUAGAAAGGCUGCUGGGUGGUCAGCCAGGUGCAAAUCCAUAUCUGACAUUCCACUGUGCCAACCAGGGCACCGUCCUCAUAGACCUUGCUCCAGAUGACAAGGAGUAUCAGUCGGUGGAAGAGGAGAUGCAGAGCACCAUCAGGGAGCACCGAGAUGGAGGCAAUGCAGGAGGAGUGUUCAGCAGAUACAACAUCAUCAAGAUCCAAAAAGUGGUGAACAAGAAGUUGAGGGAACGUUACACGCACAGGCAGAAGGAGAUUUCAGAUGAGAACCACAACCACCACAAUGAGCGCAUGCUGUUUCACGGUUCCCCAUUCAUCAAUGCAAUCAUCCACAAAGGCUUUGACGAACGUCACGCCUACAUCGGAGGAAUGUUCGGUGCAGGCAUCUACUUUGCCGAGAACUCCUCCAAGAGCAACCAGUACGUUUACGGCAUCGGCGGAGGCACAGGCUGUCCGACACACAAAGACCGCUCCUGCUACCUGUGCCACAGGCAGAUGCUGUUCUGCAGGGUCACUCUGGGAAAGUCCUUCCUCCAGUUCAGUGCCAUGAAAAUGGCCCAUGCUCCCCCUGGACACCACUCAGUGAUCGGGCGGCCGAGUGUUAACGGCUUGGCCUAUGCUGAGUAUGUGAUCUACAGAGGAGAGCAGGCCUUCCCAGAGUACCUCAUCACCUACCAGAUCUUAAAACCAGAGAGUACAGCCCAGUCUGCUGCAGGAGCUGAGCAGAAGUCAUAGUUGGUCCCACACAGACUGAACCCCAUGCUAGUUCUAUUUCCAUUCACAUUUCCAAUUUUCCUCCAGUGGAUGCUAAGGUGACCAGUACAUAGAGAGCAGAUGCUGUAUGCGGUGUAAUACUCGUCCCUUUGUCUCAAAUAAGUUGCAUGUUAACACGGGAGCAUGUAAGGCCCUGUAGUUUAUGACUUGCUUCUCUUCUCUAGUUUGUUGCCUUUCUGGCCUCAUUGCCUGAAGGCUGUGAAAAACACCAACACCCUCAUAUCUCUACACGUGCACACUGGUUUUUCAAAUUAUGUAGACUAUGAAUGCAACCAUAUCUGGGUCUGUGCUGUACAGAAGAUUUAAGUUAAACACUAUCAAAGAAAAUAGUUAUCCUGUAAUGUUGACAUCCAGGAGAACACGACAGUUCUUGUUGCACAAGCCGUCAGGAAGGAUGAAAUACUUAUAUCGGCAUUACAAUAUAGUCCUAACCAAGAGUACACUCGGUAACACAGCUUAAUUGUGAUGCACAACACCCUAAUCAUAUGAGGGAUAUGAAUCCUGUACAUUUGAAGCAUUAUAUCACAGAAAAGCUUAGUAAUAUGCUUGUGAUGUUAUAAAACUUGAUUGCCAGUGAACUCAUCAAAACAUCCUUGCCACGUUGGUCUUCUUUUAUGCAUAACGAUUUGCACUUUUACAUAGAAACCUAUUUAAGUUAUUUUGAAUAAAUGGAAAACCUUCAGGAAAAAAAUAAUUGUACAGGUUGUGUAAAUGGUUGUUUAUAACUGUUGCUGUUUAACAGUAUCUUGAGUUGAACAUAAAAAGUGGUGUUCCUUUUAUGCCUUCUGUAUUUUCAGUUUUUUUCCUCUUUUUUUUUUUAAAUAAAUGUCAUGCUAACA